AUGAAUAUCUCGGGUCAACAUGCAGAGGCUUUCGUGCUAGCGAAGUUUGAUCGGAACUACAGCAAUAACGCCGACCACCCGUUCAUGGCCUGUAAUCUCAGUGGGAUGCUUCGGAAUCUCACCGACGUGCAAGAGAAGUUGAACACAAACUCCCCUACGAAGGUCAAACGCUCGGUUUUCCCGCCUAGAACCGCUUUCCUCCCGCCAGAAGAUAGUACGAAUACGCCUUCGGUAAGGAACUUUUGGGAACACGAAGAUGAGGUAAGAGAUGAUGAUACGAGGCUUGCGAGAACGGCUGAAGAUUCUGAUCUGACGACCUUUUUUAAUGUGAUCUUCGGGAUGGCGAGGCCGAGGCAGGAGAGGCGUUGA